AUGCCCUUCAGAUUCCCGGUCAAGUUCGAGCUUCCUAAGCACUGCUACAUCAACGCCAGAGUGCUCAAGGACCAGUUCAAGCGGUUGCAGGUCGCCGAGCACGAGGUCACCAGAAAGGCUCUCAAAUACAUUGCCAGAAACACCGAGUUGCCAGCCAAAGCCCGUUUGGAAGCACAAUUACAACUUGCUGCCAUGCCAAAAUACACCUGCCAAACACAAAUCAGAGACAGAUGUGUUGCUACCGGCCACUCGAGGUCCGUCAUCAGUGACUUUAAACUCAACAGAACUGCAUUCAGAAACAUGGCCAGAGCCAACCAAAUUCCAGGUGUUCAGAAGGCCUCCUGGUAA